AUGCUCGUGAUCGUUUUUCUCUUGUUAUGCGCUGAGGAAAUUCGCGGAGCGUUCAACGGUAGUGGUCAAGUGUGCGAGGGAUGUGUUAGCGGGAUGCAGGAAGGUCUGGGUGAACCGGCGGGAAUGGGUGAUGCACUACUGGCCCAGUGGUAUAAUGAUACCCUGGCGCAGUGGCUCCUGGCGACAGCGGCCAUGGAAGCCGUGGCCUCCACGCCGCUCAGCUAUCGUGUCAUCGCCACCAGUAUGCAUGUGGUCAUCUUCUGCCUGGGCGUUACCGGCAACGUCAUGCUCAUCAUCGUCGUGCACAAGUCCAAGUUCUUGCGAAGCCCGACGUAUCGAUACUUG